UCAAAAUUUCUUAUUUUUUAUUUCUCAAUCUCGGUCUAAAAAUACACGACACCAAAUCCCUAAAACCUAGGCGGCUUCAGCGAGAAUCGGAAAUAUCAUUUAUGCCAAAACGGCAAAAUUCCCAAAAUUCUUCUUCUACAAGAAAAUGAAUUUUGAUUCAGAUUCUGGGGCUCUUCCGCACAAUUCAGCCCCAUUAACGAAACACGGCAAGUUAUUGCUUCUCCCCGCAAAUCUAUGAAAAACCUACUUAUGCUUCAAUAUCUGAAGAUGUCAUUCCGACAGGCGUCAAGGGUUUUCAGUUCAUCCGUUAUUCGGGACAGAUGCUACAGGAAGGAAUAGUUCUUGUAUCCCAGGCUAUUUACCUUUAUAGACCAUUCAUAAUGAGCAUCUAUGGCCUAUUCCUUGGAGGUUUCAGUAUCGGAGUUAUGCAAAAAUGCCAGACUUUAAGGAUGGCAGGCUCACAAGAAACAUUUUGGAAGAAGAAGAGUCAUUGAGUUCUCAGUCAUGGCGAAGCUAUAUCAUUCCUACUGCAGCUGUAAUAGUGUUAAUCGGAGCAGGUGCUUUCAUUCACUACAAUGAUGAGAAGCGCGCAAUUCCAAAAGGCUCAGAACGAAGCACUGGCAUUGGAAAAGCUGAUACCAAUAAGCCGGCAAUAGGGGGGCCAUUUAAGCUUUAUGACACUGAAAAUCAUUUGGUAACGGAGUCCAAUCUUCGUGGAAAUUGGAUACUAUUGUACUUUGGGUACACUUCUUCCCCUGAUAUUGGGCCUGCAGAGGUUGAUAAGAUGGCCAAAGCCAUUGAUAUAUUAGAGUUUCAACAUAAUAUAAAGGUUAAACCUGUUUAUAUCACCAUUGAUCCUCAGCGAGAUUCUCCCGAUCAACUCCAGGCUUACCUCAGUGAAUUCGAUUCAAGAAUAAUAGGACUAACCGGACCAAUUUCAUCUGUGAGGCAGAUUGCACACGAGUACCGGGUUUUCUUUAAGAAAGUCGAUGAGGAAGGCCAAGAUUACCUUGUUGAAUGUUCACAUAACAUGUAUCUUCUGGAUCCUAACAUGGAUACAGUGAGGUCGUUUGGCGCAGAAUAUGAUGCAUCACAGUUAGCUGAUGGCAUAUUAUAUGAGGUGAAGAAAGCAACUCGGUGAUGAACUCAUCUGGUUCUUCACUUCUUUUUCUCAGUGAUUUCAAGAAAAAUAAUGAUUGCAUUUUAUGUUGAAACCUCCAAAUUACAGCACAUUGAUGAGAAGGUAUCACCUUCUACUGUUAAUGCAGCUGCAAGCAAAUUCAUUAGGAGAUUCCCUUCCCAAUUCACGUAUCUAUGAUCAGUCAUUUUAUUCUGAAUACAAUUUAACAAGAUGACCUUGUAAUUUCUAUGAGCUCUCUUUUUCUCCUCUUUUCCAAACUUUUAGGGUUUAGUCCAACGAAAGUUUUGUCAAAAGUCAUUGUAUUGCUACAGGCAUUUCAAUUCCAUUUGAUGUUUAGUUUUACAAAAACAAAGAAAAGAAAAUAAGACUUAGCUCUUGUAGUCCUUAAAUGCAAAAUUUUUCUUCAAGAAGUUGUGAUAGAAAUGACUAAA